AUGGAGACGCUGAACGGCCUCGCGGGCGGGGGCGCCCCGGACGCGAAGCCGCUGCCGCCGGGGCAGCACCACCGCCACCACCACCUCCACCCGCUGGCCGAGCGUCGGCGGCUGCACCGCGCGCCCUCGCCCGCCAGACCCUUCCUCAAGGACCUGCACGGCCGCACCCCCGCGCCCGGCCCGGCCCCGGCCGCCCCCUCCUCGGGUCGAGCCCCGGCGCCCGCCGCCCCGCGCGCGCCCAGCCUCGCGGGCAAAGCACCGCCCUCGCCGGGCACCCCGGCCGCGCCCGGCCGCCUCUCUCGGCGCAGCGGCGGCGCCCCGGGCGCGAAGGACAAGCCGCCGCCGGGCGCCGGGGCCAGGGCAGCGGGCGGCGCCAAGGCCGCCCCGGGCCUCAGGAGGGCGGCGCGCACGGCGCCCGCGGAGCCGCUGCCCCGGGCGGGGAGGCCGCCGCCGCCGCCGCCGCCGCCCCCCGGGACCGAGCCGCCGCCCGCCGCCGCCAAGGGCCGCAGAGCCCGACGCGGCCCCGGCGCGCCCCCCGCCCGGGCCCCCGGGCCCCCGGGCCCCGCCGCCGCGAUCCCCGCCGUGAUCCUCGCCGUGACCUCCUCGGCCGGCCCCCCGGCUCCCGGGUCGCGCAUCAGCCACACCGACAGCAGCUCCGACCUCUCCGACUGCCCCUCCGAGCCCCUGUCCGACGAGCAGCGCCUGCCCCCCGCCGCCAGUAGCGACGCCGAGUCCGGCACCGGCUCCAGCGACCGGGAACCGCCGCGGGGAGCCCCCACGACGAACCCCGCGGCGCCGCCCGAGCCCCCCGCGCUCCUCGCCGCGCCCCCCGCCCCCGGCGCCUGCCUCGGGGGUCGCAGCAGCCCGGCCGCGGGCCCCGCGGGGGCCCCGGGAUCGGCUGUGGCCGAGGAUGCCGGGGGGCGCGCGCCGCUCGAGCCAACGGGCCCCGGGACCCCCAAGGAUCCCGGCCCGGGCGAGCAGACGCGGCUGGUGCCGGCGGCGGUGGAGGAGGAGCUGCUGCGGGAGAUGGAGGAGCUGCGCUCCGAGAACGACUAUCUCAAGGAUGAAUUGGAUGAACUCCGUGCUGAAAUGGAAGAGAUGAGAGACAGUUACUUAGAGGAAGAUGUUUACCAGCUGCAGGAGCUUCGGCGAGAGCUGGACCGUGCUCAUAAAAACUGCCGAAUCCUGCAGUACCGCCUCAGGAAAGCUGAGCAGAAGAGCCUGAAAGUGGCUGAGACUGGUCAGGUGGAUGGUGAGCUCAUCCGGAGUCUAGAGCAGGAUUUAAAGGUAGCCAAAGAUGUAUCUGUCAGAUUGCAUCAUGAACUUGAAACCGUGGAGGAAAAGCGUGCUAAAGCAGAGGAUGAAAAUGAAAGUCUCCGGCAGCAGAUGAUUGAAGUGGAGAUAUCUAAACAGGCCCUCCAAAAUGAGCUGGAGAGACUGAAAGAGAGUUCCCUGAAAAGAAGAGGCAACCGAGAAACAUACAAAGAAAAGAAAACCUUUAACCAGGAUGACAGUGCCGAUUUGAAGUGCCAGCUUCAGUUUGCCAAAGAGGAAGGCUCCCUGAUGCGUAAAAAGAUGGCCAAGCUGGGGAAGGAGAAGGACGAGCUGGAACAGGAGCUCCAGAAGUACAAGGCCCUCUAUGGAGACGUGGACAGCCCCCUCCCCACGGGGGAAGCCGGGGGGCCGCCCAGCACCAGGGAGGCUGAGCUGAAGCUGCGCUUGAAGUUGGUGGAGGAAGAGGCCAACAUCUUGGGCCGGAAGAUUGUGGAACUGGAGGUGGAGAACCGAGGCCUCAAAGCAGAAAUGGAGGACAUGAGGCUCCAGUACGAGCGAGAGGGUACAGGCCGGGACCACAUCACAGGCAUUCCUACCUCACCCUUCGGUGACUCCCUGGAGUCCUCGACGGAGCUCCGCCGGCACCUGCAGUUCGUGGAGGAGGAAGCGGAGCUGCUCCGGAGGUCCAUAUCUGAGAUCGAAGACCACAACCGGCAGCUGACCCAUGAGCUGAACAAGUUCAAGUUUGAGCCUCGGCCGGAGCCAGGGUGGCUGGCGGAUGGCGCGGGCAAGGGCGUGGGCAGCGGGGCCCCUCUGCAGGAGGAGCUCAAGUCGGCACGGCUACAGAUCAAUGAGCUCAGUGGGAAGGUGCUGAAGCUGCAGUAUGAGAACCGGGUGCUACUGUCCAAUAUGCAGCGCUAUGACCUGGCUGCCCACCUAGGCCUGCGUGCCCCCAGCCCCCGGGACAGCGACGCAGACAGCGACCAGGGCAAGAAGGAGAGCGAUGGGGAGGAAGGCCGCCAGCCCCAGCCCAAGCGGGAGGGCCCUAUUGGCGGGGAGAGCGACUCAGAGGAGAUGUGCGAGAAGACGUCGGGCUUCGGCAGCGGAAAGCCAUCGGAGGCGAGCGAGCCGUGUCCCGCCGAGCUCCUGCGGGCCAGGGAGGACACCGAGUGCCUGGCGAGCAUAAAGCACGAGGCUGAGCGCCUGGAGCGAACAGUGGAGCGCCUCAUCACGGACACCGCGGGCUUCGGGGACGAUGUGGGGCUGCUGGGCAGUGGCGAGGCCUUGCCAGGGCCCGACAUCCAGGGGGCGGGGGGGACGGGCGAGGGGGGCAAGAAGGAGCCCCCACUGCUGGGGACCAUCAACUCGAGGAUGAAGGCUUUCAGGAAGGAGCUGCAGGCCUUCCUGGAGCAGGUGAACCGAAUCGGGGAUGGCCUGCGGGAGCGCCUGGAAGGCCUGUCCCCCCUGCCUCACCUCACAGAGUCUUCCAGCUUUCUCUCCACCGUCACUUCCGUGUCCCGGGACUCCCCCGUCGGGAACCUGGGGAAGGAGCUGGUCCCGGACCUGCAGUCCAAACUGAGAGGUCAGCUGGAGUGGCAGCCGGGGCAGGAGUGCGGGGACGAGCCAGAGCAGCUGCACCGCCGCGCUGAUGGGGACGUCGGGAGCUGCCGGCAGGGAGGCCAGAGCUGCUUCAGUCUAGAGAGUGUAUCGCUAGAGGAGCUGCAGGGUCAGCUUGCGCAGGCGACCAGACUGCAUCAAGAGGAGACAGAGAAAUUUACAAACAAGAUUCGGAAGAUGGAGGAGGAGCACCUGUACGCCUUGAGGUGGAAAGAACUGGAAAUGCACAGCCUGGCUUUGCAGAACACCCUCCAUGAGCAAACCUGGAGUGAUGAGAGGAACCUGAUGCAGCAGGAGCUCCGGUCUAUGAAGCAGAACAUUUUCCUUUUCUACGUCAAACUCAGAUGGCUGCUGAGGCACUGGCGACAAGGGAAGCAGAUGGAGGAAGAAGGCGAGGAUUUCACUGAGAGCGAGCAUCCAGAGACCCUCCCCAGGCUUGGUGAGCUUGGAGUGCAGGGGGACCCGAAGGGGGACGGCCCAGACCAAGAUGACAACGGUCCGGGCUGCGGCUUUCCGCUGGGAGAGCAUCCUCCACACUCCCCUGUGCAGAUUGGUGACCAUGGAUCGAGACUACAGCCUACACAUGGGAGACAGCUCCACAGGCAGGUGGUGGAAAACCAGCAGCUGUUCAGUGCACUCAAGAGCCUGCUGGAGGACCUGCGCGCCGAGCUGCGGGAGGACGAGCAUGCACGGCGGCGGCUGCAGCAGCAGUACGCCAGCGACAAGGCCGCCUGGGACGUGGAGUGGGCUGCACUUACCUGCCGCCUGGAACAGGUGCCUGCCUGCGGGGUCUGUCCUGGGUCUCCCCAGCUCCUCCUCUGCCAUCUGGGCCAGCUGGAAGAGAAGACUGAGAAGAAUUUGGGAGAAGCAUGCUCUUCCACCGACAGCAAAGGGGCAUUCAAGAAGGAAAGAGAGAUGCAUCAGAAGCUCCUCACUGACAGUCAUGGCCUGGUCAUGGACCUGCGCUGGCAGAUCCAUCACAGUGAGAAGAACUGGAGCCGGGAGAAGGUGGAACUUCUUAGCCGUCUAGACAGAGACCGGCAGGAAUGGGAGCAGCAGAAGAAGGAGCUCUUGUGGAGAAUAGAACAGUUGCAGAAAGAAAACAGUCCCCGGAGAAGUGGCAGUUUCCUCUGUGAUCAAAAAGAAGGCACCAUCCGCCCCUUUGCCCAUCCAGGAAGCCCCCGAAUGCCCCGUCCCUUGGGGAUGUGGUCCUGUGCAGACACCGACUCCACCCCAUUCGAAGACCGGCCGCUGUCCAAGCUGAAGGAAUCAGACAGAUGUUCAGCACGGGAAAACCUCUACUUGGACGCCUUGUCUCUAGAUGACGAGCCAGAGGAGCCUCCAGCCCGAGAGCCCCAGCGGGAGUUCAGGAACUGCCUCCCCCAGGAAGAAGAAAAUCACAAGGGAAAUCUUCAAAGGGCCGUGUCUGUGUCCUCCAUGUCUGAGUUCCAGCGUCUGAUGGACGUUUCUCCCUUCCUGCCGGAGAAGGGCGUCCCCGCCACCAGCAGCAAGGAGGACAUCACUCCGCCCCUGUCUCCUGAUGAUCUGAAGUACAUCGAGGAGUUCAACAGCAAGAACUGGGACGAGAGGCCCCCGGAGCCCUGGGCAGACAGGACCGAGGGGGGGCGGGCAGGGAGCGAGGCUGGUGCAGAGCCUUUCCCUGACUCCUCCUGGUACCUCACCACGAGUGUCACCAUGACUACGGACACCAUGACCAGCCCAGAGCACUGCCAGAAGCAGCCCCUUCGGAGCCCCAUGUGCGCGGAGCAGGCCGGGGUGCGGGUGCUGCACAGCCCGCCCGCGGUCCGUAGGAUGGAUGGCAUCGUGGUGGCGGGCAGCGAGGGCAAGGGCCGGGCCGAGCCCGAGUGCCCGUUUCCAACUAGCAGAGCCAGGGGGGGCACUGGAGACACAAAAGGGGGUCCCUCAGAACACGUGCUCAGCAGGUGGCCUUGCGCCCCCUCCAGGCACCCCCGAGACUAUGUGGAGGGAGGGCUGCGCCCCCUCGAAAGUGCCCUCUGCGCCCCCCUGGGUUUUGCCUCCUCGCUGCACGGCCUGCAGAUGUCCAAGAACAUGAGUGAUGACAUGAAGGAGGUGGCCUUCUCGGUCAGGAACGCCAUCUGCUCUGGCCCCCCCAAGCCUCCGCUCAAGGACAUGGCCUGCCAGACCAAUGGGUCCCGGACGACGGGAACACAGACCGUCCAGACCAUCACCAUUGGCCUGCAGACCGAAGCCCUGCGUGGCAGCGCCGUCACCAGCAGCCCCCACAAGUGUCUCACUCCCAAGGCCGGGGGCGGGGCCACGCCCGCGUCAUCUCCUUCCCGUGGCCUUCGGAGCCGGCAGAUGGCCCCCGCCAUCGAGAAGGUGCAGGCCAAGUUCGAACGCACGUGCUGCUCCCCCAAGUACGGGUCUCCCAAGCUGCAGAGGAAGCCCCUCCCCAAAGCUGAGCCGCCCAACAGCAGGACCUCCCUGGGGCUGGCCCCAAAGGGGUGCAGCGAGUCCGCCUGGGCCCGUUCCACCACCACGAGGGAGAGCCCGGUGCACACCGCCAUCAACGAUGGCCUCUCCAGCCUCUUCAACAUCAUCGACCACAGCCCCGUGGUGCAGGACCCCUUCCAGAAGGGGACUCGGGCCGGGAGCCGAUCUCGCUCAGCAGAACCCCGGCCCGAGCUGGGCCCAGGCCAGGAAACGGGCCCCAGUUCCCGGGGCCGGUCCCCCAGCCCCAUCGGGGCUGGCUCAGAGACUUGGAGGGAGGAAGGGGGAGAGGGCACGCCCUUGAGGCAGGACUUAUCCGCUCCCCCUGGUUACACGUUCACUGAGAACGUAGCCCGGAUCCUCAACAAGAAGCUGUUGGAGCAUGCCUUAAAGGAGGAGAGGAGGCAGGCCCCCCACGGGCCCCCAAGUCUUAACAGUGACAGCCACAUGGGAGAAACCAUCAAAGCUGAACCAGGGUCCAUCGAGGAACUACCUUGUUCCGCACUAGCUCCAUCCCUAGAACCCUGCUUCUCCAGGCCCGAGAGACCAGCAAACCGUCGCCUUCCGUCCCGUUGGGCCUCACAUUCCCCCACUGCCUCACUGGCUCAGUCACCCGGAGACCCAGCCUCCUUGGAGGAGCUCGGCGAUGAGGAGCCACCGGGGGAGAAGACACACCUGUGACGAGUGCAAGUUUGCAUGGAUUAUCAGGGAAUGAUUCCCUGUAAUUUGCAUAACCACGCUGUCAUCAACCAAGCUCCACCCACAAGGAAAGAUCUAGCUUUCCCAAGGUCAAAGAAUGUUUUUAAAAAACACACAGCUGCUGAAUGUCCAACCUGUGAACCUGAGAUGUUUCUAGAACGAAACCGUAAACGUGCCUGUAAUAACUUAAUUUUUUUCAUAGCUCAGAAAACUAUUUUUGUCUCCAUCUUUUUUACACAGUAUAUUAAACAAAAAAGCUAGAUAAGAUAUAAAUUUAAAAAAUAAAAGUUUUAAAGAUGUACAUUUUAAGAGAUUCUGAACACCCUUGCUCUCAAUACUGACUGCCUCUCUGUUAAAUUUGCACUGUUACGCCUUGGUUUGAUUUGUUCCCACAUUGAAGUAGAGUGUUUUAAGUUAACUUCAUUUUGUCAGUGUUCUUGUUUUUUAAGAAUUUUUGAAAUGCUUCAGACUGAUUCAGUGAACUUUUUAUAGUGAAAAAGCCAUGAAGCCAGUCGACAAGACGGAUAUCCUCUCUACUGGAGGGGAUACACGUCAGCAUUCUUGCAAAGGUACAGAGUCCUCAGCUGGGCUUACCAAAUUUGCUGUAUAAUCCACGUACUCUACUCGACUUGCAUGUCUUUGGGUUCGAAGCGCUCUGGGGUGCAUGUACAUACUGCUACUGUGGUCCUACCAUUGCGUAAGUGUGAGUCAUCUGUCCCACUGUAAUACGUUGUGAAUCCCUCGUACUGUACUUUCAUCGUUGUCCUCUUGCAUUGAGAUACAACAGCAAUGGCAUUUUUAAAUUAUUGUUAAAGAUGAACUGGCAAUAUACAGUGUUUACUCAAAAUUUUCUUGUUUAAGGAAAAGCACUGCAAAAAGUCCGGAGGGUACCAAACUGAAGCAAAGGAUGGUCCCUCAGAGUCUGUAUGAGACAAUGAUGAAGUAGAAAUAAAGCCUUUCAAGAUGGCA